GUAGAUAAACCACCGUGCGUAUGUCAUGGCUGUUAAUAUUAUUGUCCUUAGGAAUGUGAGUAUGGAGACAUUCUUGGUUCAGCUCUGUCUUGAGAAUGUUCAAUUUUUGUGUGCAUAUUUUGGUCGUUUCACUUGUGAUUGGAAGCCGAGGAUUUGGAGCUGACAGUGCUACAAAUAUUCAUUUGGAAAGCCAACCACCGGAAGGGCCCGAUGACUAUGAAAAAGAAGAAAAAUCCACCAACCGCCAUUUGGACUGCCAGCCCGACUCACAGUUCAUCCAGGAACAAAUCUCUCUCACCACAAAACUUCUCCAAGAUGGCGAGAAAUUCAUCCAAAAACAACACAAUCUCACAGCUGAUGAAACCGUUCUGAUACUAGGUAAAGCAGGUAGCGGUAAAACCAGUUUGGUGCAAUUUUUGAUCGAAAAUGAUAAAUUACAUUCGAAAGUUGUCAACCCGAGCACAGGUGAAUACAUUUUUGAGGAUGGGGAAAAGAUAGGUACCUCUGCUACUGAAUCUUUCACACUGUACCCGGAACUUGUGAAUUUUCACUCAGGGGUGAACCUCAAAACGGAUGUGAACCUCUGUGACUCCCCAGGGUUUCACGAUUCACGUAGCUCGGUUCACGAAAUAGUGUCCAUGAACGUUAUGAAAUCAAUCACUAACAAGUUUAAAAAAGCUAAAAUUUUGAUCGUGGAGAACCACGCUUCCCUACAGUAUGGAGUGACGAAGGAUAGUUUCAUCAAAACCUUACGUUAUGUCAACGAUUUUGUAGUUGAUAUCGAUAAAUACCGGGAUCAUUUGAUGAUUGUUGCUUCGAAAGUACCCCUAACUUACAAGAUCACUGAUGAUAUUGACGUUGUAGGGGGAUUAGUUACAGAUGACAUGUUGAUUGAAAGUAUUGUCAACUACAUGAAUCAAACUGAACAAUCUUUGAUUGAUAGGUUGAAGUUUAAAAAGAGUAAAACUGAUGAGGAAUUUUACAGAAAAGUGAUAAGAGUUUUGAAAAGUCUGCAAAGCCGGGAUGAAAAUGGGAAAGCUACAAGAAUUAACGUUUUCCGGCGACCUUACUCGACGGGUACUCCUAAAUCUAUGAAACUGUUGAUGAAAAAUCGGGAAUCUCUACUUGAAACUUUGUCAAAUUUGGAUUCUGUUGAAGUUAAACCGCACGAUUUUGAUUACACUUUGUCAAACGCUGCCAAAAUGUACUUGGAAUGUAUACUGGAGCUUACCAGCGACAAUUAUAAGAAUAAAAUUAACGAAUUAUCUUUCAAAGUCACAGAUUUUGUUUGUAAUCAGAAAACACAGAACUUCACCAGUAUUGAGCAAAUUUUGACAGAUUUGAAGGAGUUGCAUGAAUCUAUGAAAAAUUUGUCGCAAAGUCUUGAGAAAACCACAAACUAUAACGACUUUUUUGAGUUGGUUGAUACGUUUUUAACGGAUCACAAGAUACCCCUGCAUUAUAACAACUAUAACGGUAGGGUUCAUGUGUUGGAAAAAUACGAGGAAAUGUUGUUCAAAUUUGUUGAUAAGAGUCGAUUUUUCACUCCUACAUCUUGGAUUUUGCCGAUUCGACAAGUUAUUGCAAAUGUGAAGGGGGAGUUGAAAUGGUAUCAAACUCUUCAAAAACUUAUUGAGGGGUUGUCGACGUAUGAGGUACAAAAAAAUAAAACUGAGAUUCGUGGUACCAUAUAUCAUGAGAAUCUUAUAUCCACCAAUGAUUUGAUGACUCUUUUUAUGAGUGUGACUGACAGUAAAGAUUUUGAGUUGUUUAUGGAAGCUAGAGGAAAUCUUAGGAAAAGUCGGGAAAUGGAGAUGAUCACGAAUAGUUUGCUGCAGAAUAGUAACGUCACGUGUGACGCGUACGGGAAGUUAAUAGUGAAAGGGUUUGUGAUACGUUUGUCCGAGAUAAAUUCUGAAAAAUUGGUGCGUACUUUUUGCAACGAUAUAAAACUGAGGGAAGUGGCACUUUUAGCAGUUGACACUGUGUAUCUUGAUGAGCAGACUGCCGAUAUCUUCAGGGGUGUCAACAUGUUCAUAGCCGCCCCUAAAUGGAAAGUGCUGGGGGAGAGGAAAAUCAUACUGACUGGUGUGGCGGGGUCGGAAAAUUCGGAGAGGGUUUUCGUGGGAAAUGGGAAAGACGGAAAACCGGGUCUACCAGGAGGUAACGGGGGUAAUUUUUUCGGAAUCGGUCGACAAUUUUCGAACGGGGGGAGUUUGAAAAUUGAGACUAACGGGGGUACAGGGGGGAGGGGAGCUGAUGGUGAUAAAGGGGAUAGAGGGGAGGAUGGAAAGGAUGGUGUUUUGAAGAUUAUUGAAGCUUUAGACAGUUCCACCACUCUAACUCUACAGCAUGAAGUUAGAUUUGGUUAUGAAUCCAAUGAACUUACCCGUGACAUUCUAAUAGACAACCAUGGGCAUAGUACAUCAAUCGCCUUAUAUAAGGAUUUCAAUAGAUGUGAAAAAAUUGAUUUCCCUUUCUUCAAAAGUCACCAAUGUAUGAGAGUUCUCACAGUUUUCAAAACCUACCGAUAUGAAGGGGAUUGUGGCAAAACGGGGGGUCCAGGAGGGCUGGGAGGAGAGCCGGGGAUAGGGGGACACCCGGGGCAACAUAAAUUGGUAGAACUGGGGGGUAAUUCAGGGAUAAUUUUCGAAACCCUUGAAGGAAGUCCUGGUCUCCCCGGUAACAGAGGGGCGAUAGGAGACCGCGGUUCUAACGGUAUCGCGAUUACUUGUUACAAUAUCAUAGGCGUAACAACUAUACCUUCCCCUAGUAGCACGUCCUAUUGGAAAUGUUUCAAUAGCGAUGAUUCCCUAGUAAAAUGUGAAGACUCUGCAUUCAACUCGACAAUCGUAUACUCAAAAACAGGUAUCAAGCAACCCGACCCUCAGAGUCACAUUGAUUUUGGUUACUAUCUGUACCACUCCGCUCUACUACUCAAUACCAUAGUAAUAAUCCUAUAUUCCACAAUACGAUAAAGGAAUUCAAUGAAGCUUUCAAGGAAAAGGAACAGUCCCAUAAUCUUGAUGAUUUUGUGAAGUUUUGAGAGUGGGUUCAGGCCAAAUCAAUGUGGAACAAUAAUUCAUUUACGAUGGCUUAUUCGUAAAGUCUUGUGUAUUUUCUCUAGAAAAAGAGAAUAGAAGAUGCUAGAUCUCUCAAAUGCUUUCCUCUCCUUUUUCAUGCUUAUUUAGAUGCCCACAGCUGGAGAGGAGCAGAUGAAUAAGUAUAUUAUAAGUAGAACAACUAAAGCAAUAAUUGUUGACCUGGAUUAACAAAUCGGGCCAUAAAAUCGGAUGAUGAAGUUGUUAUAUAUUUUUCGCCACACUGCACAGAAAGCAGCUGUUUUCCAGUCCCUACGUAGAUCUGAAAGACAUUGUUUGCAGACGACUCUCGUCUGACGUUAGAACAAGUUUCUUUCCGGCCUAGGCCGGAAA